AAGCCAACGGUGCAAAGAAUGGAGCUAAACAAGAAUGCUCUGGCAUACUCUGCCACAACACUGGCUGCGACGAUGAUGAAUUCCAUCUUCACGUUUUAUUAUGUCAAAAUUUUCCUCAACGUCUACAAGGACAGUUCUACCUGGAUGGUUUUAAGGAAACGGAGAUUGGCUAUCCUAUAUGGUGCUCCUCUAUUUGCAGUGAGCUUCUUAACCCCUUGGUUUCCAUGGACUUGGCUUGGUUUAACUGGUGACUGGGUUGUUGGACUUCAUCUAAUGACUUCACUGUGCUUAUAUGAUGGCAUGUUCACAUUUGUAUUACUUGCCCAGUGUGCUCUUUUUGCUGAGAUUUCAACUCAACAAGAGGAAAGACAGACAACUCUCAAAUAUGCACAAGUGGCAUCUAUUAUUGGCUCAACAGCUCUUUUAGUCAGUACAAAUGUUUAUCAGAAUGAGCAAAAUAAUUUCAAGUCAUUCCAAGCAGUGUGCAUUAUAGUUGCUUUUCUUAGUUGGUUACUGAUGAGGUACACUGGUAUGAAUGUUGAAGUGGCUGUGGAUGCAAGUGCGUCUGGCAGUGGAGGAAAUCAAGAUGGAAAGACUUCAAAGGAGUCACUUCCUCUCUUUACACUCUUAAAGCAAAUACUAACGCAAAGAAGCUUUGUUUGCUUUGUGGCCAUGAAUUUUUUCCAGGUUUUCCAUGUGACAUUUUGUAGCAACUUCUUUCUCAUUUUUGCGGAGCACCUUAUAGGACCUGGUGUUAUUCCAGCUGUCCUGUACAGUUUAUUAACUGGGUCUGUAUUCUUGGUACCCAGGCUGCUUGUGUUAUUAACAAGUCCAUUAUUAGCUAAGUUUGGCUCCUACAAGGUCAUUUUGUGGUCAUUCUAUGUCAAGUUGUCACUGCCUGUAGUUGUAUUUUUGGCUGGAAGGAGUAACAUUUGGGCUCUUUACUUCUUUCUUAUCAUAGACAACUCUCUCCCUGAUGCCACAUUCUCAUUGUUCAAUCUAUCUGUUUCUGACAUAAUUGAUGCUGAUAUGGAAAAAUACCAGAGAAAUGCACCUGUGUCCUCUAUGAUAUUCGGUACCAAUGCUCUCUUUACCAAGCCAGCACAGUCUCUAGCUCCAAUGAUGGUGGUACACAUACUCUCCUGGUAUGGAUACAAGGAUACCCAAGGCAAUAGUAAAGUCUCUUCAGGGUCACCAGGGCAACUUUUAGAUGCUAUGUUUUUCCUUUUGUGUAUCAUUCCUCUCAUAAUUGCUAUGGUUCAAAUUGUGGUGUGGGCCUUCUACCCUCUUAAGAGACCAAAAAAGGCUCAGGACAUAUCCAAGAUUCUGUUAUAAAUACUUCUUACUAACUGAGUUCCAUACUGUAAGUUACAGAGUGACCAAGUUUUUUUCCUCUAAGAGUUAUGUCCCAAGCACAAAGUGCACAGGCCAUAAAUUAAAACAGAAAAAUAGGGUUCCAAACUUGUGGUACAGACCAAGAAAGCAGUUUGGCAAAAUAUAUAAUAUAUCUCUGGGUUCAAAUAAAGGGGAUAGAUUUAGAUUCAAACAAACUUUAUAGUAUGAAAGAGUCUUGUUUGUUAACCUUUGGGGUACAGGUACAUAAUCCUUGUGUCUUAACCCCUUUCCUGUCCAUAUGAUGUACCAAGUGCAUCACACAAUUUGCAGUUUGCACACCUAUGUGACAUACUCAGUAUGUUGAGAGUUAGUAACAGUGAAUUUCCCAGCACUGGAGAUGUAAAGUAACCUGGAGUUUCAAACACAAACAAGUAAGAACUCUGAAAACAAAUAAGUAAAUUUGCAUCGGCACAGGACUUCUUAGUGGGGUUUGGCUGCAAAGGGGUUUAAAGACUAGUUUUUGAGAGGGUUUUUCACUUAUUUUUGUAGAAACUCAAAUUUGUGUAUUUCAAGAUUCAGGAAAUUUAGGAAGAAAUGUUUAUACUUUAUAUGUCCCUAAAUAUUUAGCUACUUAGGGAUUAAGGAAAAGAAG